AUGAGUUAUAUAGAUAAACCAUGCUCAAACUGUUGUCAAUUUUUGGUAACAACAGGAAGAGAUGGUAUUAUCCAGUAUUACAGAUUGGACCAUGUUCUGACUGUUGUUGGGUUCGGAGUAAACAUCUGUGGGAGCAUGGUUCUUAUUGGGCUGCGAUUCCUAGCAAAAGGAGAUAUGUUUUCUGAUGUUGGGGAUCUUCAUGGACUGAGCAAAGCAUGUGUUUCCACAUCAUUUGAAAGGUUCAUCAAUGCUGUGAACAACAAACUUGAUAACAUCAGAAAUAAACGACAUAAAGAUUGCUUUUUACAAAAAAAAUGUAAAAUACCAAAUGUAUUGGGUGCCACUGAUGGCACUCUAAUACCAAUCUUAGCUCCGAAAGAGCAUGAGGAGACUUUUGUUUGUAGGAAAGGGUUCCAUGCAUUGAAUGUCCAAGCUGUUGUUGAUCAAAAAAUGAGAUUCACUGACAUAGUGACAAAAUGGCCAGGAUCUCAGCAUGAUGCCUCAAUCUUUGACAGCUGCGGCUUAAAGCAAUACUUAGAGAAUGGACAGAUUUCUGGACAUCUGGGUGAUAGUGGAUACCCACUGAGAAAAUAUUUAAUAACGCCAAAGCUCAACCCUGUCACAGAGGCUGAAAUGAGAUACAGUCGUGCCCACUUUAAUGGGAGAAUCAUUGUAGAAAGAACAUUUGGUGUCUUGAAAUCAAGAUUUAGAUGCCUUCAUAAAACUGGUGGUUGCUUGCAAUUUACCCCAGGGAAAUGUGCAAAUGUUAUUUCUGCAUGUAUGAGACUGCACAACAUGUGCAUUGACAGAAACAUUCCCCUAUAGAAUACAUGUCAGCCAGUUGUAUUUGGGAAUGACGAAAUCAUUACACAACGAAAUACUGGUUCAGGAAAUGCAGUAAGAGAAGCUAUCAUCCGACAAUUCCAGUAAUAAAAAUAUUGUUAAGAAUUUUAAGAUAAAGACACACUAAGCAGUAGCAGGAAAAUUAUAAGGAACAUACCAAACAAACUCACAGG